AUGGCAAUGGCCUGGGAUUCUGGACAACCACAGGAUGGUAGCAUGGUGCAGGACAUGACCGCGAACCCGCAGAGUCUGCAGGUGUUUGGCAAAGGCAAGGGCAAAGGAUCCAAGAUGGAUGGAAGCGGGACGAAGGCGAAAGCAAAGUCUCCACCGCCAACGGUGUCCCCCGACCUUUUCAGUGCAGAAGUUCGGUUCCUUGUUCUGUCCACCUUUUCUGGUGAGAUGGAGGAGGAUCCCGUCACGCCGUUCGAGUGGUCCGUCGCUGCUGCGUUGUCGAAAGUGCCAAGCUUUCACCAGCUGCGUCGAACGUCAUUUGACGUGUUGCCCAUACUGCCGGUGUCCGUCAUGUUCACGGACGACGAGCUUGACGAGCACCAGCUGGGCCGAUCAAAACGGAAAGAUCCUCGCCAAACGAUCGCUGCAGUUCCUUCGAUCAGGCUGAUGCCAGGUCUGGCCCACCCUCUGACCUUCAACGAGGAGCAGAUGCUUCGGUUGUUUGUGACGGAUCCCAGGAGCAUGGCCUACAACCUUGCUAACACUCAGCGCAGCCGGGUGCCGCUCAGCAUCGAGCAGUGCGAGAUGGCGCAUCGAAUAGUCUUGGAACGGCACGAAGUGCUUCGAAGCGCCUUCAGCUUGGAAGAUCAUGCCAACCCGACCCGCAAGGUCAUGAAGGACCACGUGGGAGGCUUCUAUGCAUUGGCUGUGCCUGAUGAGGGGACGGCCCAAGCCGUUGCGAGCAUGGACUACGCCACUCCUCACAUGCUGGGAAUAUGCGCAAUUCGCUUGCUGUAUUCCCCAUCACGGGACAAUUUUCCGGCCAUGCACGUCAAUAUGCACCACAUCUUAGCCGACAACGAUGCCCUUCUGACCUUUUGGCAGGAGUCAUUUCAGGUGCAGGAGCUCAUCUACUACGGCUAUUCCAAGGAGGCGAUCAAAGAGAGGCUGCCGAAACUGCCUGUGCAAUUUACGGACUUUGCGUACUGGCAGAAAUCGCUCUUCUCACGAGGUCUCCUGAAACCGGACUUGUCGUACUGGGGGCGACAGAUCGUGACGUCGCAGCCUCCUACGGUCUUAGAUGUCCCAAUCGACAUUCCGCGCCCCCGCGUUUGGGUGGCAGUCGGCGACAGUGCCAAGAUUGACUUGGACCAGGAGUUAAUGUUGCCGAUCAUGGACUUGAACCCCCGUAUCACUCCGUUUGCAGUUGUGAUCUGCAACUUUUCGUUAGCAUUGAUGCGCAUGGCUAACCAGCGUGUCGUCUACAUGGCCACAGCUUUUGCUCUGCGCAGCUUGCCGGCUGUAGCGAACCUGAUUGGCAACUUUCUCAACAUGCUGCCCAUCCGAGUUGCAUACGAUCCCAGGGAGUCGUAUAUGGACAUUUGCUCCCGGGUGGCACAAUCCACCAUCAAUGUGCAGCGCUACAACCUAGCCCCUUUCAUACAAAUCGUGUCUGACACCCAGCCGCACUUUCCAACAGCUGAUCCGUCAAGGAACCCCGUCUAUCAGUCCAUGGUCGACGUGGUCCCCAGAGAUGAUGACAGCGAUGAGGUGGGCCUCAAAGGAGUCCUUGACGUGUUCCUCUUUGCGAACACCAGGAAUGGGCAAAUCUUUAGAUUGGACGGCGUGUUCAACAGCACGGUGCUCACCAAGCAGACGGUUCAGCUGAUGCUCAUGCACACAAAGGCUCUUACCCUCUGGGCUGCUCGACAUGCGAAAAUGCCGAUCCCCAGAAUGCUCCGGCUCUCGGAGAUGGCCCAGGAAGCAAAGGACGCGGACAAGGGCAUCAUCUUGACGCAUGUGCUGGCUCGCAACCAGAUAGGACUGCCUUCCGUGGCGGCGAUGUCUAGUGGCCCCGAGGGCUUUGGGAUCUCGGAUGAGCAACGUGGCAUUCGAGCCUCGCGGCGUUUUAAGCUGCAUUCUGCUUUAGAGAUGGGUGCGGACAUUCCUCAGAGCCAGAUGAAGUCGGCUACAUUACCGACGCCGCUGCAGCCCCCGAAGCGCAAGCAGGCGUCGCAGCAGAGAUGGCAGGAGCUGGCGCCGCGACCUGCGUCCAACGAGCCCGCGCCGGCCGCGAUGUCAAUCCUGGCCGCUUCAGAGACCAGCCUGGCCAAGGCGUCCCCCGCGCCUCAGAAGCCUGCUGUUCGCGAGCUCACCGCUGAGGAGGAGGUCGCGCAAAGACGUGCAGAGGCUCAGAAGCGGCGCGAGCGAAGCUAUAAUGUGGCCGCCAAAUGGGCCCAGUCCGAGAAAGACAGCGAGUUGAUCCCACUGGGCCAGGCGAACCCGUUCGACGAAAACGAGGCGUUCCCUCGUGCGGCAAGAAGACGCGGCUUUGCACAAUAUGCUGCAAUCCGCGGCAGGUGA